UGCUGACGCUUCCGUGGUGGCCGCUUCUCUCCCUAGGGAGUCCCAGCCGUGGUCACGUGUGAGUCCUUCUCCUUGGGGACCAUGCAGAGAGCGUCCCGUCUGAAGAGAGAGCUGAGCCUGCUGGCCACAGAGCCACCCCCGGGCAUCACGUGCUGGCAGGAUGCUGACCGGAUGGACGACCUGCGAGCUCAAAUAUUAGGUGAGACCAACACACCUUAUGAAAAAGGUGUUUUCAAGCUGGAAGUUAACAUUCCUGAGAGGUAUCCCUUUGAGCCUCCUCAGGUCCGAUUUCUGACGCCAAUCUACCACCCAAACAUUGAUUCUGCGGGAAGAAUUUGCCUAGAUGUUCUCAAACUGCCACCAAAAGGCGCCUGGAGACCGUCCCUCAACAUUGCAGCCGUACUGACUUCUGUUCAGCAGCUCAUGUCGGAGCCCAACCCCGAUGACCCACUCAUGGCCGACAUCUCCUCAGAAUUCAAGUAUAAUAAGCCGGUCUUCCUCCAGAAUGCCAGGCAGUGGACGGAGAAGCACGCGAGACAGAGGCAGGAGGCUGAUGAAGGAACGCCUGAAGAUCUGCGCGAGGCAGGACACGUGGAGGGGCGCAGCGCAGCGCAGAAGAGGAGAGCCAGGCAGCUGGGAGGCACAGGAAAGAAAUUCUGCCCCGAUGUUCAGGGGGUUUGUCCUGGGCCGUCUUAGUCAAUAUAGUCUUUGCCAAGAUGGUCCAACGUGCCUACAUUUCUGGAAUGUUUCUCUGUAUUUGAUGACAUUACCAUUUUUGUAUCCUAAAAAACAGACCUUGUGUAUUUGUAUGUUCUGCCAUGCAUUGGCUCUCUGAGCUUAGUUUGUUUUAUUUAGCUUGUAUAUAUGUAUUUCAGCUUUUAAACCUGAAAAAUAAAUAAUUAUUUAAUUUU